AUCACCUCGGUAUCCUGUCAUCUCCUUAUCUUCCUUUUUUUCUUUUUUUUUUUGCACGAGAACCUGGGUUUAAUAUGCACAGGCUACUUGUUUACACCUCAAAGGGGGACUUUAAUCAGAUUCAGAUCGCUUCACUUGGACUGCUCCACCCCCCCUCACCCCCCCAACCGGACGAACGUACGCGAUAAGGUCUUGAAGACAAAAGAGGACGAAGCAACGAUGUGUCUCAUUGCCGGAAGAAGAAUAAGUCGGACGUAAAUAGGAAGGGGGUAGGAAAAAAAAGUGGCUUUACUGCUGCAGACGUGCACGCCUGGAGGUCCACGCGCACGCACACGCGCGUCACGCCGGUCCUUGGAGACUCUCCGGCGCUGCGCAGUUUUGCGAGUUGCUUCGCGAUUGGCUCCCCCCUCCCGUGUCUCUCUUCCUCCCUCCACGCCUCUCCUUUUACCGAGGAGGCAGGCAUGCUCGCCCCGGCCACAGAAGCUCCGAGGCGGCGUCAAACUUGAGUCCCGCGCCCGCCCGCCCCCUCCCCCCCGGCCUGCCAGAGACGGCAAGCGUGUCCACGCGCUCUCCGUGGUGCUGAACGUGGAAACUAGCCGUGCCGAUCAACUCGUCAGGAGGCGUCGGGCGCACCGAGCACACCCCGCCGGCGUCUCGCGGGCUGUGCGGUCGUCAGGAGUCGUGCAAAGAAUCAUGUUGGGGAAGAAGUGGAAGAUGACACUGGACUUCCAGUGUGGACGGAAGAGGAGGUUGGACUGGUUUUUCUUCUUCCUCCUGCUCUUCGCUGCCGGAGGACUGCUUCUCUUCAUCCAGCAUCUGGACCCGUCGGAGAAGGUGCGCCAGCGACCUGGUAUGAAGCUCAGUGGAACUGUGCUGCAAUCCAGGGAGACUGUUUCUCCUCAGGACAAAGACCAAGGAAAAUCUAACGGCUAUCAGGAGCACCACAUGGCUGAGGUCGUAGUGCCGAGUCCAAUCACCCCCAUGCAGUUCCCGCAGUUCUGGAAGAGAGAACAGCUGGUCACAGGUGGAUCUCAAGAACAGGACUUGGGCUCGCAGCACAUCUCCAAGAAGCACCGCAAGCUCUUGAAAACAAGUCCUCCCAUCCAGCGCAUCAACAAGUCUCCCUCCUCCGCCUCCUCCUCUUCUACAUUGCCAGGAUUGUUUUCCCUCCAGCGCUGGAGGAAGCUCACCCGCAUCCUGGAGCAACGUCGGCAGCUCACCAAGGAGAUGUGCGCUAAGUACAAGAGCAACGCCUCCAAGACCAUCACGCAGCACCUCGUGACGAACAUCUUUGUGGAGGACAAGCACAAGCUCCUCUACUGCCAGGUGCCCAAGGCGGGCUGCUCCAACUGGAAGCGGACAUUGAUGGUGCUGGCGGGCAUAGCAUCGGACCCUCAAACCAUCAAUCACUAUACCGCCCACAUGGGCAACACUCUGAAGACCCUGAGCAGCUUCGACCGACAGGGCAUCAUGCGGCGUUUGGGCAGCUACACCAAAGUGUUGUUCGUACGAGAGCCACUCGAGAGGAUAGUGUCGGCCUACAGGGACAAGUUCGAGAACCCCAACGAAUACUACCACACGUUCUUUGGGAGGCCCAUCAUCUCCAAGUACAGGCCCAAUGCCUCCAGGUCGGCCUUGGAGUCGGGCAAUGGUGUCACCUUCCAGGAGUUUGUGCAGUACCUGCUCGACGUGCACCGGCCCGUGGGCAUUGAUGUCCACUGGGAGGCGGCCAACCAGCUGUGCAACCCGUGCCUCAUUGACUACGACUUCAUCGGCAAGUUCGAGAACAUGAAGGAGGAGUCCGACCUGCUAUUGCGCUUGGCCGGAGCGCCGCGCAACCUAACGCUGCCCAACUUCAAGGACCGGAACUUGGCCGACGAGAGGACCUCAUUGAAGAUCACGCAGAAGUAUUUUGCCCUGCUCGGCCCAUUGGAGAGGCAGCGGGUGUAUGAUUUUUACUACAUGGACUAUGUCAUGUUUAAUUAUUCCAAACCUUUUCAAGUACUUAACUGACAGACUCUCGUAAAACUUCUUGCCGCCACUCUGCAGCUAUUCUACAUCAAUCAUCUGAUGAAGGAUUUGUGUAUGUUUGUUUGUUGGUUUGUUUAAAAAAAAAAACAACUUUGUACCAGAUUACAAAAUGCAAAAAUAUGCAUAAUGCUGCAUUAGGUUGACGGCCACCACUUGACAAUAAGAGUACCCUUUGUAAAGGGUUUAUAAAUGUUUUUUUAAAUUGCUUAGGAGCAAGUUUAUUAAUGCUUUGUAAAUCAUGCUGUAAAGUCAUAAGUGUCGCAAUACACAGCAAAUUAAUUGAGUUUAAAUGUAUUAACUGAUGCACUGGCAUAUUCAAACAAAUUCUAAUGCAGUUCGAUAUAUGUAUUGGAAAAACCUACAACAGUGGCUAGACUUGGGUUCAAAUGCUGCUUUCUGCUGACAUGCAGUGCACAUCAGUCUCUACAGUGGGCAGCAAUGUUUGGGAUAGCACAUUCCAAAAGUAACCUGUCAAAGCAAUCUUACAUUAGUAGAAAGUAGAAACGUAGUAAUAUUAAAGAAUUACUCAUUAUAUUUUUAUUAUAUUAUUACUGUUACUGAGUCCAAGGAUGCGUUACAAUAGCAGGGCCACAAGACAAACACAUAUAGAGAAAGGGACUAAUUCAACCAUUUUCUUUGUAGAUUGCUAACUGAACCUAUCUAGCUAGCUACCUAGCUGGCCAGCAAGCUAGCUAGCUAGCUUGAUCGAUAUAUCUUUUGUUCGACCACUUACUACAUUUAAUCUAUUACUAUCAUUUGGUGACAAAUAAUCAGUUAUACUUCAAUACAUAAAAAGUACUUUGUCUUAUUUAUCCUAUUUACAAUAGGAACAAAUAUUGGCAAUAUAAACUUCCCUUUCCCAUGUGUGCAAAUUAAUUUGAGUAUGUUGAUCAUUUUAUUUGUGCUGUAUCGUCUGGGAUUAAUUAUUGGACCAAAUAUCAGUUAUAAUAACGAUAUUAAUAAAAACAUCCUAUUAUUAAUACAAAUAUUCAUCAAAGCCAGUGAUCUUCUCCCCAUAGAGUGAAAACACUGAACAUUAUCCUCCACACUAUGAUAUGAAGACUCACACAUGUAUAAGAAAACUACUUUGAAAAAGCUGCCCACUGUCAUGACUGACAUGCAACUUUGACACCAAGAUAAGUCACGCUUAGAGAACAGCAACUGUAGGAAGUAAACCGAAAUAUGUUUUUAUUGAAUUUAUUCCGUUUUAUUUCAUCAAGUGACUGCGCAAAAUAAAAUCGUCUCCAUCAAACUGAUUUUGUGCAAACACUGCAAAUCAAAUCAAGUAAAUUCAACACUGUGUUUUUUUCAGUGUAGAUUUUAACCUCUUACGAUUGACAAAGACAUGAUCAUCUAAUCAAUCACAGGCCUUGUAAAUGGGUAGCCCCUUAUUGUAAAAUGGUGCCUGUUUGUGUGAUGUUGUUAAAAGUACUAUUGACUAUCCUUGAAUGCAAACUCUAUAUUAUUGACUAGUACUCGGCGAAGUAGACUUUUCAAAAGAGAAAUGUUCAUGCUUCUUUUCGGGGCAAAACAAAAUCGUUGUUUCAUAGUGUUCAACAGACUUUAAAUUAUGUCUUGCUGUCAGUCAAAUAGAAAAAAAACUAAAUGCCUUUCCACCAGAUGGAUUGCCUACUUGACUUUAAGCGACUAUGGCAUCCGUAUACCUCUAUAUAUCAGUGUAUACUAAUACACAUUUGAUGUAUAUGGUUUUGCUCAAUGUAAAGUCCUAAAAUUGACUAAAGCCCCUUACCCCCGCGAACCCCCUUUCAAAUGUGUCCAGUGCUGUCCACUCUGGAGCUGUAUGCACUUAUGGUAGCAUUUUUGUACUUUUAUGCCGUGUUAGGUUUGUGCUUUGAAAUACUAUUCGUCACUUGGAGGUAUUUACUUGGGCAUCCAGGUAUUUACAGGGUACACCGUGUUGCUGACUGUUUGUGGUACACACUUUCCAAAGGGUAUUGAUAGCAGCGAUGUACAAAAUUUUGCAUUCCACAAAACAAUGCAGAUUUGGUUCUUUGACAAUCUAAAAAUAAAUAGCGAGGGUGUUGAAACGGUAAAGAUAUGGGGAAUUUUGUAGAAUUUUGUGCAAAAUGUCAAUUCGAAAUAUUUCAACAAAAGUUUGUUCCUGUACCUUCAUUUUUACAUCAAAAUCAAUACUCUGUAUUCAAUAUCAUACCACAUAACACAAAGGAAAUGUGGGCACUCUGAGUGGCCCCUCCCGUCCUCUCCCCUAAUUGCGGAAGCCGCUGAUAUGGUCCAUGAUAUACGUUUAUGGAUGCGUGUUAAUUUUGAAACCAACCCCUGUUCUGUGUGAAUAAUAAAAUACAUCAUUUCGCCAAUUGGUUGUAUGAAAUAAAAUCAUCUGGAUCGAAAGACUUUUUUAAGUAUACAUUACAACUACUUCAAAAAUAUCUCUGGAUCCAGAUUAUUUUAUUUUUUUGCCCCCACUUGAUGAAAUGUAAUUGAGUAAAUUCAACACGCCAAUGUUUGAAGUGUGCAUUCCUGGACUGUAUUAAUUAUAAAAUGGAAACAAGUUGGUUGAGGUCAAACAGGCGAGACAGCACUAUCUUCUGGAUCUGGUGAAACAUUGCCCCUGAUACAGAGUCAGCGAUACAGAUUAUGAGCGGUGUUAAUUUUUUAUUUUUAUUUUUUGUUUAUUGAACAUAAAACAUAUACAGUAAUAAUUUGACAGAAAAUAAGGUAGAUAAAAUAGUAAAAAAGAAAGAAAUCUGUCUUCAUUCAACACAGUUAUUAUGUUCAAGGGAGUAGGAAGAAGUAAAAAUCGUAUCUAUUGAAUCUUAUUGAUUAUUAUCGAAUUUAAAAUAUAUGUUUUAAAUGAAACCAGCAGUCUGUUGCCACUGGGAAUCACGUACCAUUUAAAAAUGUUUCGGUCUGCCACUAAUUGUUUCAAUUAUUUUUUUUCCAAUUUCCAACUAAAUUCUUGAACAUUUUCCCCUUUGACUCCCUGCAAACUGGCUAGUCAGUAACACUGUACCCAACACUACGCACAGACACGCGCAUACUACACACCACUUACCACACCCAGUCUGCAGCCUUGUAUAAGGUUUUUUCCACUCUUUAUUGUGUACAAUUGUAAAAUGGGCAUUCAGAUGACUCUAUAUUUUUCUAUCUAUUUCUAAUAUAUCUCUCUAUAUAUACACACACGCAUAUAUAUCUACUCGAUACAUAAUCAGUACUUCUUUGUGUGAAGUUAAAUUUCUUUUGUUUGAUGUCAUGGAUUGUUAUGCCAAUGUGUUGCCACCAGCGAUUAAAAAAAAAUAAUUGUCAAAAGUGAAAAGCUUCAGACAAUGUUGGACUUCAAUGAAUUUGUGUUCGGUGUGCUUGGUUGCACAGAUUUCUAACGCACUUGUCAAUCACGAUACAAUUGUUUCAUCGUGAGAAUGGACGUUGCUCACCAAGUGACCAAACCACCAAAUAAUUGUUCUCGUCUUUUUGUCUUCGUGGGAGUGCAAAUCUCAACAUCCCCCCAGCUUUCUUUGUGUGAAUAUGGCUGUUGCACAUGAAAAACGCAAGGACAAGCUCCUCCCACCCUGUUAGACGCUGCAGAUCCGAGUGCCCAAUUCAAUUGAAUGGCUAUAAUUCGAUGUUCAUUUCCAUGUAUGUUUCAAGUGACACAUCCAAUAUGGCAGUGACCCUUUGAAUUCCUCCACGAGCCUGCCAUCAGCUUCCCACUUCAUUGAUGGACACACACACAUACAUUUGAAAGUAGCUGCUUAGCAGCCUACCCGGAAGGGGUCUGGAGACUUUUUCCGCUGAUUUGGACUCUCAUGUGUCACUCUGCCUUCUUAACCAUGUCAUAGUAUUUCAUUUCUUUAAUCCCAGGAUAGCGGGGCACCUUUCAAAAAUGGACAAAGGUGACGUCAUCCCUGGGAGGUGCCCCCGCACUGAACACCAAGUGCAGUGUGAAAAGGCUUUAUUUUGAUUUUACAGUAUACCAUAUCGCUGGUGAUGGGCGGAAUCCUCGUACCUCCAAAAUCAUCACUUUUCAGGAGACUUAAAAAAAAACGUCAUGCUGCAUUGUCAAAGAGUCCAAGCCAUUUUCAACAUAUUGCAAUGAUAAAUAAUUUCUAGAAAUAACACCAACAUGUGGAAAAAAAUGUGAAAUUUAUCAAAUUGUGACAUAGUAGGUUCCUGCCCAAUCCCAGCGACAUUCGGUAGCAACUGUACGGUACAUUAAAUGCAUAUCUCCACUGUUAUUGCUUGGUCCAGUCCAACAAAAAUGGCAUUUAUGUUCCUUUUUGCGCUUCAUUUUAGAAAUUCGAAGCAUUCUUGUCUUUCGAACUUUGUCUUCGUGUCCUUCAACAUCCAUGUGGACUUUUUAGCUGAGGAUAAUGCUCCCAAACCAAGGAAAGUUCCAGCCCCAGAAAAUGAAAAUAUGCCCAUCACCAAGCACAAUGUGUGUACUUUUCUAAUAAAUGCAGUAUAUGAUGCUUACAUUGCAGGUCUCCGGUGGUUAACAAAGUUCAACACAAAUGCCACUAAACUUCUUUAUUCGCCUUAUAAUGCGCACUAUUAGUAAGUCUCGCGCCAAGGCACAUAUUUUAAAGCAAGGUAUGUCACGAUAUAUGAGGUACUUUCUUUGGGUUGACUACGCGCUUUUGUGCUUUGCGUGACAAAAUGCUCUGUAACAAUGUUAUUUGUUUUCCUUUUUUGUGAUUGAGUGGAAAUCUACAUUAUUGACACCUACCGUCUACACCCUGUAAUCAAAUUUGGUGCUGCGACCCCUUACGGUGACUCGGUAUUUAUAUAUGUAUUUAUUUGCUAUACUGUGAUGGCUUCUGCAUAGUUCCAAAAUCUAAUUUUUGAUUAGGUCUUGGUCUGAUUCCCGGAUGAUUAUAAGCCCCACUCCUUGCUCAAAGAAAUAAUCCUCCAUCAUAAAUAUUGCUUUUAAUUGCCCCUCCACGAAACAUGAUUUAUCUGUGUGUGCGUGUGUGUCACGUGUGGACUGAAAGCAUUCAGUGACGGAAGUAACAAGUGAAUGUAUAACUGUUAAUCAUUGGUGCAAUUGUGUAGGGGAAAAAAAAUUGUAGAAGGAAAAAAAAUGAUUUUGAGCUCUGUCUUAUUUUACACUGCCAAUCAAAUAGUGACUUUUCAGGAAGACAUUUUUCAGGUGGCUCUUUUUUCCGGCUGAUGAGUGUGUGUACUAAUAAAUUUGUCCUGAGCAUUUUAAA